AGGAAACUGGGCUCAGAGAGGUGAAGGAACACGAAAAGGAUGCCCUUUGGAGAGCCGCCGGGUGGCGCGGAGGCCCCGCAGACAGCGGGCGGAGCGGGGCGGGGUGUCCCCCUACUCCCCCCGACCCGGCCCUAGCUCCGCCCCGGGUGGCGAGGGAGACCGGUUGGAGAACCCCGCGUAGGCGGGGGUCGCGCCGGACUGGCAGAGACUGCGGCCACGCGGAGUUCGCAGUGCGGCGGGAGCUUCCCAGCGUCCGCGCCCGGUGGCCUGUGCCCGCCGUGCCCGUUCCGCCAUGACCGCGGCCGCCCGAAAGUCCCGGCCGCGACCGCUGCCUCUGUUCCUGCUGCAGUUGCAGCUGCUGCUGCUGCACGCGGACCCGAUGCACGCAGACAGUAAGAUGUUCGGUGACGUGGACCAGGUGCGGAUGACCUCGGAGGGCUCCGACUGCCGCUGCAAGUGCAUCAUGAGGCCGCUGAGCAAGGACGCGUGCAGCCGGGUGCGCAGCGGGCGGGCGCGGGUCGAGGACUUCUACACGGUGGAGACCGUGAGCUCGGGGGCCGACUGCCGCUGCUCCUGCACAGCUCCGCCCUCCUCGCUCAACCCCUGCGAGAACGAGUGGAAGAUGGAGAAGCUUAAGAAGCAGGCGCCUGAGCUCCUCAAGCUGCAGUCCAUGGUGGACCUCUUGGAGGGCACCCUGUACAGCAUGGACCUGAUGAAAGUGCACGCCUAUGUCCACAAGGUGGCCUCCCAGAUGAACACGCUAGAAGAGAGCAUCAAGGCCAACCUGAGCCGGGAGCAUGAAGUGGUGAGGGAGAGCAUGCGCCACCUCAGCGAGCAGCUGAAGCACUACGAGAACCACUCAGCCAUCAUGAUGGGCAUCAAGAAGGAACUCUCCAGCCUGGGCCUCCAGCUGCUGCAGAAGGAUGCGGCCUCUGCCCCUGCCGCUGCCCCACCCACAGGCCCAGACAGCAAGGCUCAGGACACGGCUGGAAAGAAAGUCAAGGACACCAACAAAUACGGCAGCAUUCAGAAGAGCUUUGUAGACAGGACCCUCCCGAAGCCUCCUAAGGAGAAGCUGCUGAAGACAGAAAAGCUGAGGAAGGACAGCAGCAAGGGCCAGUUCCCCCAGCCCACAGCCAAGCCCCGGGCCCUGGCCCAGCAGCAAGCUGUGAUCCGAGGCAUCACCUACUACAAGGCGGGCAGGAAGGAGGCAGCUGAGGCCGAGGCAGACAAUGCCCUCAAGGGCACUUCCUGGCUGGAGCAGUUGCCGCCCAAGGUAGAGGGCAGGUCACCCGAGCCCAACUCGGCAGAGCAGGAUGAGGCUGGGCCCGGGGCCGCAGAGGGCAUGGAGCCGGCCCCCGACACCCCCACCUCGGACCCCACAACCCCCACCACCACCCCCACACCCACCACCAGUCUCCUGCCCACCAUGCCACCCUCACGCCCUGAAGUCCCCACCCAAGGCAGAGGGGCGAGCUGCGAGGGCACACUCCGGGCCGUGGACCCCCCCGUGAAGCACCACAGCUAUGGUCGCCACGAGGGUGCCUGGAUGAAGGACCCCGCAGCACGGGAUGAUAGGAUCUAUGUCACCAACUACUAUUACGGAAACAGCCUGGUGGAGUUCCGCAACCUGGAAAACUUCAAGCAAGGCCGCUGGAGCAACAUGUACAAGCUGCCCUACAACUGGAUAGGCACAGGCCACGUGGUGUACCAGGGCGCCUUCUACUAUAACCGUGCCUUCACCAAGAACAUCAUCAAGUACGACUUGCGUCAGCGCUUCGUGGCCUCGUGGGCGCUGCUGCCCGACGUGGUGUACGAGGACACCACGCCCUGGAAGUGGCGCGGCCACUCGGACAUCGACUUUGCCGUGGACGAGAGCGGCCUGUGGGUCAUCUACCCUGCCACGGACGACCACGACGAGGCCCAGCCCGAGGUGAUUGUGCUGAGCCGCCUGGACCCCGGCGACCUCUCCGUGCACCGGGAGACCACCUGGAAGACGCGGCUGCGGCGGAACUCCUAUGGGAACUGCUUCCUGGUGUGUGGCAUCCUGUACGCCGUGGACACGUACAACCAGCGUGAAGGCCAGGUCGCCUAUGCCUUCGACACGCACACGGGCACCGAGGCUAGGCCGCAGCUGCCCUUCCUCAACGAGCACGCCUACACCACCCAGAUCGACUACAACCCCAAGGAGCGUGUGCUCUACGCCUGGGACAAUGGCCACCAGCUCACCUACGCCCUCCACUUUGUGGACUGAGUGGAGACCCCCGCCCUCGCAGGAGAGGGGUGGCAACGGGAGAUGCAGGCUCCCCACUGCUACUCCUGCAAAGUCAGUCAGCAAAUAUUUAUUGGGAGUCAGACCCGGGGCUAGGUGCUAGGCGGGUGCCAGUGGCUGAGAUAGAGCUUCCUUAGCAGCAGUGGAAUAAUAAUCACUUCCACUUGCACAGCACUGUGCCAAGCGCUUUUCAUGUAGUUACCCAUUUCACCCUCCUGACACCACCCUGGAGGUAAAUGUCCUCAACCCCCUUUACAGAUGAGAAGACUGAGGCUCAGAGAGACAAUGUCUCUUGCCUAACAUCUCCGUUUGAAUCAGGCAGGGUGAAUUCCGUGCUCUUACAGUAGCCCCAUUUUACAGAUGAGGGUACUUGAUCCAUUUCUGGCUCUUUCCCCUUCUUCCCUUGUUCUCAUUGUUCUCUCCCCUUUCCCAGGGCCAUUCAAAACCAAAGGCCUUUGGGGCCAGUGCGCUAGUAUUGAAUGGAGGCCCUGGCUCUGCCAGCCGCCCCGGGCCUCCAUUCUGGCUGAGCUGCUGAUGGCCCUGGGCUUCGGGCUCUCUGGGCCACUGUCCCUGCUCCUUGCCUUUGGUCAGCCCCUUCCUCUCCCCGCGCCCUUGUCCAGCCACAUUCCAAACCUCCACCGUCACCCAGUCACUGAACAGAAACCACACCCCGAGAGAAAAUACUAGCCCCCAUUCCAAGGCCCCCUCCCUCUGUCCUCAUUUUUAUUUUCUCUGUUCAUCAGUGCUGUCAUUUGUUUCUGCAGCAGCAGCUGAGGAGACUGCAGGCAUCUGCCUGCCAGCAGCGCCUCCACCAGGGUGGGAAGUUGGGCGGGGCUGGGCCCUGAGGCUCCCUCUCCACCCAGAAGUGCUGGCUUCGGCCACAGACCCAGGGCUUGGGGCUCCUCCCCGGUAUGUCCCAGAGCCGCUGGGCCUGGGCUCCGCCUUGUCCUUUCUCUCUGGGCCUUUGAACCCACAAUCUGUAUACACUCAGGGAUACUUUCAGGUCUGCUGUAAGCAAGAUCCUAGGCCUGAGGCUGGGAGGGUGCCAGGAUGGAGCAGCUCCCUCUUUCUUGUCAGUCUUGCCCUGGUCCUUUGGUGGGGUAACCCAGCAGCAUGGGAGACCAGGGAGGGCCGAGGGCCUGAGCAGGCAGGUCUGGGGGAAGCAUCAGACCUGGAUGCAGGGAGGGGUCAGAGGGCAGGAGCAGGGAGGGCUCUACAGGCCUGGCUUGUCCUGGCUUUGGAGAUGUUGGGGUGGAGAGCCACAGUCGGGGCAGCCUCAAGCCCAGGACUUGGGGCUGAGGAUGCACGAGUGGGCCACCUCGCAAGGACAUGACCGUCAAGCCUGCCCCUUAGCCACUUUGGACAAUACUUUCAGAGCCAGAGACAGGUUCUCUAGUCCAAGCCCCUGUUUCACCAAGAAGGAAAGGUUUAGAAUGGGGCUUUGCAGUCAUACCCGGAGCAAGGCACAUCCACUCUUGCUCCAGAAGGCUAUAUCCUCUAUUCUCCCAACUUGGAGGCAGCUCUGCCUGGGAAGGCGAUAGACUUCCCAGCUCCAGACCAUCCCAGCACCUUGGAAGGGUAUUUACUACUGAUCCUUACACGUCCCCAGGACCCUGCUCCCCUCUGUCCACUGCCAUGCCUGCUCCUAGGACAUCUAUAUAUUUGAACACCCUGUCGCCUCAUUAGGAAAUUCAGCCGCACAGCCCUCUGGGCUGCAAAAGAUGACAGGCUUUGGGGGAAGAAGGCCUCAGAGUGUAAGGAAAUGCAUUUUGUGCAGAAUACAUUUCUUUCAGGCCUUGUUGGGUGAUGUUGUUUGUUUACGCUGUAACUCAUCCCUGAAAUACGAGGGAAUGAUGAUGCCCAGCCAAGCAAGGCCUGACUCACGGUGUGGACACAUCCAGCCUCCCCCACCCAGCUGACCACUGCGGGUUCCGCUUCACAGGCUCUUCAGGGGGCCGAGAGGCGGCGGUGUUUCCCUGGGCUCUGGGCGUGGGUUCUAUGAGACUGUGUCUCCCGUGAUAUCAUAACCCAACCAUGUGAGAAGUGUUCAGGCCCUUCUUCUCCUUGUUAGUCUGAAAAAAGGGAAAGUUAAAACGGGCAACAGUUUGAACAAUAAAAAGGAUAAGCAGAAUUGUUUUCCUGGGAAAAGGA